AUGAGGGCGCUUUGCACCGCAUGGAGAGGCAUUCCCAGACAUGGUUUGCGCAGAGCUCGGUGGCAACUUGGAAGCACCUUCUCAACAGAAGCAGCCGCACUGGAUGCGUAUUCACAGGUGGUCACCAAUGUGGUCGACACUGUUGGACCGGCAGUUGUGGCCGUGAAGCACAGGGAUGGCAAAGGACAAGGUAGUGGCUUUGUCUUCAGCUCUGAUGGCUACAUCGUCACCAACGACCACGUUUUGGGUGAUGCCGGCUCGGAGAUCGUGGUGUCCUUAACCGAUGACACGGUCCUCCAGGCGGAAUUGGUGGGUCGGGAUCCACCGACGGAUAUUGGCAUCGUUCGAAUUCCUUCCAGAGGCAGGUCCUUGCCAUCAGUGGAGCUUGGAGAUUCCGCGAAGCUGCGCGUUGGACAGCUGGUGGUGGCGAUUGGCAACCCGCUGGGCUAUGCCAACUCAGUGAGUGCAGGGGUGGUCUCUGCCCUGGGUCGAUCCCUGCGCUCGCAAUCGGGCAGAUUGAUCGACAACAUCAUCCAGACGGACACCGCCAUCAACCCCGGCAACUCGGGGGGCCCCUUGGUGGACUCCCACGGCCGCGCGGUGGGCGUCAACACCGCCAUCAUCUCUGGGACCCAAGGACUGGCCUUUGCCGUGCCUUCCAACACCUUGUCCUUCGUCGUCUCGCAACUCAUGCAGUUCGGCCGCGUGAAGCGCGGCUACUUCGGCAUCGUGGGUGGCUCCCGGGCGAUGCACCGGCAGUUGCAGCAACAACAUGGGCUGAUGCCCACGGCAGUGCAGGUGGCGGCCCUUGACCCAGAUGGACCGGCUCAACGCGCUGGAAUUCAGCCGGGUGACUUGCUAGUUGCGGCGGACGGACAGCCGGUGGGCUCCAUGGAUGAUCUCUACCGCGUGUUGUCUCAGCGGCCACCCCAGAGUCCUUUGAAGGUCACCGUAAUUGUGGAGGAAGACCGCAAGCUCCUGCACGGAGCCACGGCCAACCAGCCUCGCUUGGUGCCAACUGCACGACCCAGCGAGGGCGCGGGGGUCGAUGAUGUGCCCCCGGGCUUCAAAGAGACCGAGAAGGUCGGGUGGUACUACAACGCGGCCGAGAAGAUCUGGUGGGUCACGUCCACACGCAAGUUCUUGUGGUUGGACGAAGAGACUGGGGAACACAAGGAGCUGCAUGAGGGGCUCAGCCUGCCCUAUACCUUCGCGGGGGGCGCAGCAUCCAUCUCCGAGGAGGGCGCCAGUGGCGGCGCGCCCAAGACGGUGGUGAUCCCCGACCUGCACCGCGUGGCGACCGCUUUGAAGACGGAGCUGGCACACCUGGACCGUCCCUCGGCCAUGCUGGGUGCCUUUGAGAACGAGACCGCGGCACGGACCUUCCAUGAGAAACUGGUCAAGCGCUUGGGCGCCUACCGGGGUCGUUGGUUAGAUCACCAGCUGGUCUCGGCCUUGGAAGCCACGCUGCAAGAGGUCCUCGCAGGCGGUGCGAGUGGAACUGCCGUGUCGGUGGUGUUAGUGGUCGGUGCCCGAGCAUGGGCAGUGGCCACGGAGGGGGCAGCCUUUCAUCUGCAAGUGCGGAAGGCGCCUGCACCGGGCACCUCGUCGCCCACCGUCACCACGGGGUCAGCGCCGGCGAAGGCGAAGUUCUUGCUGCUGAAGGAGGCCGAGGCCCUCUACGCGGCCGCGAGUGUGGGACCGGCGACGCGUUCCCUGGACGAGGACUUCGAAAAACUCUUGGCGCCGCAAUUGUCCAAACGCUGGGCCCGCACAGGCUCCAUCGCCCUGCUGCGCGCUCGGCGCACGCGCGGCGUGGCGAAGCCCAUGGCCGUGGCCUGCGCGCGGCUGCUGCCGGAGGAGGCCGAGGGGCCGACGGCGCCAGAAGCUCCGGCCAAGCGUCUCAAGACGGGCUCCACGAGCCCCAUCUUCACCGCGGGCACCGGUGGCACCGGGUCCGGGAAGGCAGACCAGGUGCGGCUACGGCAGAUCUUGCUACGCGUGAAGCCCGGGGCCGGGCCUCCAGUGAUGGACCCCAUCCGACGGAGCCAGGUGAAGCGCACGCAAGAAGAGGCGGAGGCUGAGAUGUUGGAGAUCUUGCUGAAACUGGAGGCUGAUGGCAUGAAAAGCUUCCAGAAGGUCUGCCGGGAGGUCUCGCAAUGUCCCUCCGCGCUGAAGGGUGGCGACUUGGCGGGCGACAUGGGCUGGUUGGACCGCGUGAAGGGUGUUGGCAUUCAGCAGGACAAGGCCAAACAAGGCGUGCGACCGCAAGUGCCUGCGGCAGUCCUUAAGGCUGCCUUUGAACUCCAGGUUGGUGAGGUUCAUGACUUGGUGAGCACCGAGAUUGGAGUACACCUCUUGCAGCGCACCGCCUGA